CUGGUGUGCUGUAAAUCUACCCCGGUUCCAGCUCCUGGGGUGGGCCCCGCAACAAAAACUGAACGUUCCGAAGUUAAUGCCCGCGGCUACGGCUAUUUGGCGUUAGUUAGGUCCCUCGGCAACGGCCUAAUAGGGCAGCUGACGCCGAAUUCCACGGACAUCAACAUUCCUAUAUAAAUUUAGAGACCCCUCGUGCUUGUUCUCUCCUAAAAUUCCUCUACCAAAUCCGGAGUCUCAUCCUGCAACAGGAAGAGGAAGAGGAACACGCAGCACGGAGAUCAGCGGCGGGGUCACUUCAUCCGCCCCACCUUACCCCUGUCCCUGAUCCUAUCGAUAGCACGGCAAACACAGAUACAGUGCCGUAUGCAACAUUGUCCAUGCCGUGUUACCCCUUUAGCCUGAUUAUGACCGGUGGACUUAGGCAGCAGGGUUUCCCCGCUACUCGUACAGACCAAUAAAUAACCAUCAUAUUUACCCACCUCCGAUUUUCCGAAAAUGUCCUCAUCCAAGGAACGUCUCGCCUCCAUCACCGCACACAUGUCUCCCCCCAUUCUCACCUCAUUCGAAGCCGUGCCCCUAGCACCUGCCGACCCUCUGUUUGGUCUUUCGACGGCCUCCAAGGCAGAUACUUCUGACAAGAAGGUUGAUCUGGUCAUUGGUGCUUAUCGUGACGACAAUGCUAAGCCGUGGGUCCUGCCGGCUGUCAGGAAGGUCUGUUUGUUCGUGCCCCGCCUCGGAAUGGGGAGGUGUUAAGCUUGGGAACUGAUUAUUUGCCAUAGGCGGAUGCUAUUCUCGCAAAUGAUCCAAACCUAAACCAUGAAUAUCUCCCAAUUGCUGGUUUGGCCACUUUCACCUCGGCCGCCGCCAGGUUGAUUCUCGGGAAGGAUUCGCCUGCAAUUCAGGAGUCAAGGGUGACCCACCCUUGGCCUCAACUUUCUAAAUGGACGAGACAUUAACAAUUGCUUAGGUCACUUCAAUGCAGACCAUCUCCGGCACCGGGGCGGUCCAUCUUGGAGCCUUGUUUCUGGCCAAGUUUUACCCCCGCCCACAGAACCAGGAAGUCUACCUUUCGAGCCCUACCUGGGCAAACCACCACCAGAUCUUCUCGAAUGUUGGCCUCCCCCUCGCUUCCUACCCGUACUUUUCGGCCGAGACAAAGGGGCUUGAUUUCGAGGGACUUCAAGCAGCUCUUGAGUCUGCCACAAAUGGAUCUAUUAUCUUGCUCCACGCCUGUGCCCACAACCCUACUGGUGUAGACCCUGCACGCGACCAAUGGGUCAAGAUCGCCGAGGUAAUCCGCAAGAAGCACCAUUUCCCAUUCUUCGACUGCGCAUACCAGGGCUUCGCUUCCGGUGAUUUGGCCAACGACGCCUGGGCCGUUAGGUACUUCAUUGAGCAAGGAUUCGAACUUUGCGUUGCCCAGUCGUUUGCAAAGAAUUUGGGUCUUUAUGGAGAGAGGGUUGGAUGUUUCCAUUUCAUUUCUCCCCCGGCUCCUUCCGCCGUCGAUUCCAACAAGAGGAUUGCUAGCCAACUGGCAAUCCUACAGAGGAGUGAGAUCAGCAAUCCUCCAGCCUAUGGCGCUAGAAUUGCCAGUGCGGUGCUGAACGACGAAAAUUUGUUUGCGGAGUGGGAGGAUAAUCUGAGGGAGAUGAGUGGACGCAUCAAAGAUACGAGGAAGGCAUUGUUUGACAAAUUGGGCGAGCUUGGGACACCCGGAAACUGGUCACAUAUUAUAAAGCAGAUUGGGAUGUUUUCCUUGUGAGAUUUUUUCCUCUUUCAGAAGUUCGGAAAGCAUGAACUGAUAAUUUCUAGCACCGGUUUGACCGAAAAGCAAGUAUUAAGACUCAGGGAGGAGUCCCACAUCUAUUUGACCAAGAACGGGCGUAUCUCGAUGGUAUGUCCUUACUUUGGCCCCUUCUCUUGUGAACCCAGAAUGCUAAUAGCCCCUUUCAGGCCGGCCUAAAUUCUCGAAAUGUGGAGUAUUUCGCCACAGCUGUGGAUAAGGUGGUUAGGGAGGUGACUGAAUAAGUUUCGAUCCGGGUGUAGCGUAUAAACUCGAAUACUAGUAAUCGAACCAAGCGUUAUAUCGUUGGAGUUGCCUCCUUUGGUCUGGUCCGGUAUUUUUUAAAUUUUUUAUACUCCUUAUUUGGUUUCCCAGAGGGGUUGAACGGCCCUUCCUUGCUGCCCUUUUCUCCCUUUUCCCAAAGUAGGGAAUUCUUGACCACAUAGUACACGGUUCCAUCACUUGCGUUUCAACGAUAGAAGUUUAGUAGGGGAUUGAGAGCCACUUCGUCACAAUUCUCUACUCGAACGAACACCCGCCUACCUUUCUCGGUCCUCCGAUUCCCUUCGUUCCUCUAGCAAUUAGCUUCUUCUUCUAGGAGUGAUAGAAAUCAAAAUGAACAAGUAAAUCCUUCACCCAAAAAGGUGCACCCAGACUGCCUGAGGUACCGGUGUUGU